UGGUGGAUGGAUAAUCAGAGUUCGCUUUACAGGGGGCUCGUUGAGUAUGGGACGAAAAAGACUGCCAAAAACCACUUCUGCGUAAAGAAGAUGAACUCUUCAAUUUAUGAAGGAAAUUACUGGCCGCGUGUGCCCUCUCUCUCUCUCUCUCUCUCUCUCUCUCUCUCUCUCUCUCCUCAGUGGCAUUUGGCGAAGAAGAAGAAGAAGAAGACCGGCAAUUUCAAACCCAGUUGCUGGUUUUUCUGAAAGGGGUUGACCUCAAUUCCUGCAAAAGAAGAUCAUGCCAUCUCUUUUGUCAACAUGGCCCACCAUAACACUUCUCUUCUUUUCACUAUUGUCAUUCAUGUCAAGUGCUAGUAAUCCUUCCGCAUUCAAUUCUUCUAGACGAGAGGUAGUCACAGCACGUCGAGGUGUAGUUGCCGCUGAUGAUGGUCGAUGUUCCAGAAUUGGGAGGGAUGUUCUUCGGGAAGGAGGUCACGCUGUUGAUGCAUCAGUAGCUGUUGCUCUGUGCUUAGGUGUUGUGAGCCCAGCUUCAAGCGGCAUCGGUGGAGGUGCAUUCAUGCUUAUCAGGUUAGCCGAUGGAACAACACAGGCCCUUGACAUGAGAGAAACUGCACCUAUAAAAGCUUCAGAGAACAUGUACACUGGAAAUGCUACUCUGAAAUAUAGUGGUGCACUCUCCGUAGCAGUCCCAGGGGAACUCGCAGGCCUUCAUCAAGCAUGGAAACUCUACGGAAGGCUCCCUUGGAAGAGGCUUGUCAAACCAGCUGAGAUACUAGCCAGAAACGGAUUCAUGAUUUCACCCUAUCUCCACAUGCAGAUGGUUAAAACGGAAUCAGGCAUCAUGUCAGAUGUGGGACUUCACAACUUGUUCACAUCAAGGGGAGUCCUAUUGGAGCCAGGUCAUUUAUGCCGCAACCAAAAGCUCGCAAAGACACUCCAAGAAAUCUCGGAACAUGGUGUGGAAGCAUUUUAUAAUGGAUCAGUUGGGUUGAAUUUGGUCAAAGAUGUUAAGAAAGCUGGAGGGAUAUUGACCAUGGAGGACUUGCGGCGUUACCAAGUUAAACAUAGAGAACCAGUGUCUGCUGACAUUCUUGGGCUUAAAGUACUUGGUAUGCCGCCUCCUUCUGCUGGCGGUGCUGCUAUGAUACUUGUACUGAACAUUCUUGCUCAAUACGGAUUUCCUAUGGGAGUUUCUGGAUCCCUUGGAAUCCAUAGAGAAAUUGAAGCUUUGAAACAUGCCUUUGCUGUGAGGAUGUCUCUUGGUGAUCCCAAUUUUGUUAAUGUCAACGAGGUCCUAGUUGAUAUGCUCUCUCCUAAGUUUGCGGCCGAUUUGAAGAAAACCAUAUUGGAUAACAUGACAUUUAGUCCCAACCACUACGGCGGACGGUGGAAUCUGAUCCAGGAUCAUGGAACCAGUCACAUUUCCAUUGUGGAUAGCCAGCGAAAUGCUGUUUCCAUGACCACUACUGUCAACUCAUACUUUGGGGCUCAUCUUUUGUCUCCGAGUACAGGGAUAGUCCUUAACAAUGAAAUGGCUGAUUUCUCCAUUCCUGGCAAUAGUUCUGCUGGAAAUGCACCUCCAGCACCUGCCAACUUUAUUCGUCCUUUCAAAAGGCCAUUGUCAUCUAUGACACCCGCUAUUAUCCUCAAGGGUGAACACCUGAAAGCUGUUGUAGGUGCAAGUGGGGGAAGCAUGAUUAUUGCUGGGACGAUGGAGGUCUUCUUGAAUCAUUUUGCCAGGAAAAUGGACCCGUUUUCUUCUAUCAUGGCUCCAAGAUAUUAUCAUCAGCUGAUUCCUAAUAUCCUAUAUUACGAAAACUGGACAACUGUGACUGGAGACCACUUUGAAGUUCCUGCAGAGACAAGAGCAGCCCUACAAAAGAAGGGCCAUACCUUAGAAGGCCUUGCUGGUGGGACUAUUUGCCAACUUGUUGUUCAAGAGCUGGAGGCUUCUUCAAAGUUUGGGGAGCUUGUGGGGGUUAGCGACCCAAGAAAGGGUGGAUAUCCAGCUGGUUUCUAAUUUUCUUUUGCUUUUUUUAGGAAUCCGAAGAAAUGGUUUCCUUUUAUGUGCUCAACGUCCUAUGAUCUUCAAUGGUGUGAAUAAAAUUUGUCUAUUUUCUGCUUUCUUUAGGACAAAAAAAAUUCAGUUUAUUUGCUGCUUUCUCAAGCUGGAAAGAAGUGGUUUACUUUUAUGCA